ACGCGCGCUUUCCAACACUACAAAUGUAGCCUACCUUGUUCGUGUAAUGUGCACAACGAUACGUGCAUGUCGUUGUGAAUGUAAUGAUUAGAUUUUAAUUUAAAUCUUAGAAGAUAUUCGAUUUUACAAAUCAGUUUUACAGAGACAACGUGUCGCCAAGAUUUUCCCACAGGAAUUCAGCAGAGCCAGUUUGUUUUAACAGACAAGAUGGACGUUUCUGUCGCUGUGGUGCUUUUGUCCUAUUUUGCUCCAGCUCUGGGGUCCGCUUUUGGCAGGGAAAUGCCAGCCUCCACAAUGGAUGAAAUUCAUGAGUUCGACAAGCCAUUUCAUUAUGAUUAUGAAUCUUUGAGGAUUGGUGGUAUGAUCUUUGCAGUGAUCCUUUUCCUGAUGGGGAUCUUCCUCAUCAUCAGUCGGAAAUGCCGCUGCAAAGGGAGUAAGCCUAGGCCAGUGGGACCUGACCCAGAGUCAGCAAGAGGUUCAAAGUAACGUUACUGGAGAGAACAGAAAGCAUGGCCGCCUGAAGACAGUGCCAAAUCUUUGAGCCGUUCGGCGAUUUGGAUGAAGGUCAAUGAUUUUUGAUCUGAUGAUUUUUGUCGUACUAUGGUGUUCUUUAUAAUUUUGUAAUAAAUUUUUUGAAAGUGUUUAAAAAAAUUGUUGAUUCUCCGCUAGGGCUACUGCCAGUAGGUUUGUUAUUUCAGAAGAUGCUUCUCUUUUACAGUUUAUGCACAGAUUCUUUUUUUUUUUUAGCUCGCAGUGAAGUUUAUAAAAUGCACAGUUCUCUGUUACUAAAGUAAAAAGCAGACAUUUUAUAUGUUUUGUAAAUUAUAUUCAUUCAGUUUUGUAACUUUGCAGAAUUAACAAAUCACACUGUAGCCUGCAGUAGAAAUAAACUGAUUUCUAUUAAUGA